AUGCGCGAUGCCACGAGAGAGCGCCAGCCAGAGGGGAGGGGCCGGGGGGGGCCGCGGAACGGGAGACCGGGCAGCAGGGGGGGCCGCAGACCGGACGCAGAACCCGAGAGGGGGGAGGGGGAGCGACGGAGCAGGCGGAGGACCAGGAACGGAAGGGGCGAACGAGCAGAGAGCCGGGAGCCCAGCAAGCCAGGGGAGAGGAGGCACAGAGGGGGGGGGAGAACAACGACGAGGGAGAAGGCCAACCAGACCACGGAAGAAGCCGAGGCAACGGGCACCACGGAAGGAAGGCCCGAAGAGAGAAGAGAGAAGAGAGAGGAGGAGGGAAAAGCGGACAGGCGCCCACGGGGGCAAGGACGAGCACAACCGCAGCAAAGAACAAAACACACGAAGCAGAGGGAGAGGGCCGCGAGGGAAGCAGGAGGAAGAGCCGAGGGGCACAGGCAGGGGAAGGCGCCAACGGAGGCCGGAGGAACAAACCCGAGGGGAGGCGGCGGACCGGAAGGGAGGGGGCGCAAAAGACAGGAGGGGCACAACGGAAGGAGAAAACACAGCCAAAGGGGACAAAAGAGGACACGGGAGGAGCGCGAAAACGGGAGAAGCAGGCCGGAAGGAGAGAGCGCGGAAGGGGAGCAGAAGGCGAACGAGAGGCCGAGGACGGCGGGAGAAGGGAACAGGAAGGACGAGCGCGAACAGCGAAGAGCGGGGAGGGGACACGGCGGGCACGCCCACGCAGCAAAAGAGCCAAAAGAGAGGCAAGGCACAGAAGCAGGCCAAGAACGGAGACAAGAAACCAAAGGCGAAGGCCAGAAAGGGGAAGCGGAAGCAGACACCAGAACGGCCCAAAGAACGGCAAGGGGCACGGGAAAGGAACGGAACAGAAGGAGGCGGACGGAGAGGGCCACAAAAGGGGGGAGCCGGACAAACCAAAAGGGCCCAGGAGCAAGGGGAAGAAACGAAAGACGCGAGGAAGCACGGAAGAAGGGAGGAAAGGACAGGGCACCACAAGGGAAAGGCGGGGGGCGAAGAAAGGCCGGAAGAGGGGGACAACAGGGGCAGAAAGAGGGGCACAACCAAAGGGCAAGAAGGGAACGGAGGAAGGGAGAGGAACAAAGACAAGAGGAAGACGGGGGAAGCGGGGGGACGGAGGGGGGACAGACAAGCCAAGGGGGAGGGAGGAAGCAAGGAAAGCCAAAAGCGGGAGGGGAGGAAGCGGAAGGAGCGGGGCGAAAGGAGCACGCCCACGGAGGAAAAGAGGCGGAGCGAAAGGAAGAAAAGGAACGGAAGAAGAGACAGACGCAGAAGGGAGGGAGGGACCAACGAACAAAGGAAGACAGAAGGCCCCACCAGGAGGGGGACAGACGAAAGAAGCAAGGGGGGGGCCAAGGAAAGGCCAACGAAAGAAGGAAGAGAGAAGGCCCCACCAGAGGGGGACAGACGAAAAAAAAAAAAACACAGCGGCCAAAACCAAGGGAGAAGGGGGCGCAAAAGAGACAGGGGAGAGGAGGGAAGCCAAAAGAGGGAGGGCAAAGCACGGAACGGACGACAGGGAGGCCGAAGAACCGAGCAAGAGGCGGGGAGAAGGAAGAGAAGGGACGAAAGGGGGGAAGGGACGGAAAACAGGGGGGGCCAAGGCAAACCAGGAAACGGAGAAGGAGAAGGGAACGAAAGGGAGAAAGGCGAAGAAAGGGGGAGAAAAGGAGAGCGAAGGGGGGAAGGGAGGGAGGGACAGAAAACGGGCCGGGGGGCGAAAGGGGAAGGCGAGGAAAGCCAAGAAGAAACCCGGAGGAGAAGAGGGGCACAAGGACGAAAGAGCCAGAAGAAGCGAGGGACAGAAAACGGGCCGGGGGGCGAAAGGGGACGCAAGGAGAGCCAACGGAAAAGGGAGGGAGGAGGAAACAGGAGCAAAGGAGGGAAGAAGCAAAGGACAGAAAACGGGCCGGGAGGCGAAAGGGGGAGGCAAGAAGAGGCAGGACAGCAGGAGGAGAAAAAACGGAAGAGAGCAGGGCCGGGGCGGAAGCCCGGGGGGCAAAGGAAGAAAGAGGAGCGAAAGGGGACAGCAGAAAAGGAAACGGCAGGAGAGAAGGGAAAGGAGGGACAAAGAACCAGAAAGGAAAGAAAGGGAGGGAGGGCGAGCAGCACGGAGAAAACGACGAAACGACAGGCCGAGACAGAAGGGCCGGGGGGCGAAAGGAGGACCGGAGGCCAGGAGGGCAGCCGGAGGAAGCGAGACAAAGAGAACGAAAGGGCCGGGGGGCGAAAGGGCAGCAGAGGACAGACAAGGAAGCACAAAGGAGAGGGCCAAAACGGGAGGGGAGCAAAAGAAACCGCGGAAGAGAGAAGGGGAACAGAGGAAGGAGGGGGGGCGACGCCCAAAACCAAAGGAAAAGGAGAAGAGCACGAGACAAGGAGCAAAGGCAGGGCCGAAACGGGAGGGAGGGAAACGGAACAAGCGGAGGGAGCGGAAGAGGCGGGAGCAGGCCGGAAGGAACCAAGAGGGAAAACGCAAGAGAGGGCAGGAAAGGAAAGAGGCGGGCGCGAGGCGGGAAGGAACCGAAAGAAAAGCACAGGGCAAGGAAGACGGAAAAGGGUGACAAACAGAGGAGACCAGAGGGGGAGGGGAAAAGCGAAGAGACGCCAAGGAAAGGCGGGGAGAGACGAAGGCGCACGGAAAACCAAGGCCGGAAAGAGAGGAGCAAGGGAAGGAGACGAGGGGCGCAAGAGGGGGAACGCAGGGCCAGGAAAACGAGGAGGGCGCCCGAGGCAGAGAGACGGAAGGGAGAACGGGGGGGGGAGGAACCGAAAACGGGAGGGAGACACCAGAAAACGGGAGGGUGCACCGAGGAGGAAAGCGGAAAGGGAGGAACGAAAAGAGCGGACGAAACGGGCGGAAAGGCAGGCACGACCGCGACGAAAGGGGAGGCAGGAAGGCCAACGGAAAGAGGAACGAAGAGAAGGCCAGCGCAAAGGAGGCAGGGCGAAAGGCAGAAGAAAAGGGCAGAAGGGAAAACAGAAGAGGAGGCGGAGGACAAAGAGGCAGAAAAGGAAACAGAAACGCAGAGAGGCCAAAGAAAGGGCAGAACGGAAAGCAAGGGACAAGAGGAGAGGGCAAAGGAGAAACGAAGAGGCAAACACCGAGGAGGCAAACCAAAAGAGACCCAACAGGGGAAGAAGAAGGGACGGAAGAGAGACGGGGAAAGGUGGAAACGGGAAGCCCAGGGGAAAAGGGGGAAGGCAGAAAAGAGCAAAGGAGGAGAAAGAACGGAAGGACAAAGGCAAACAAGAGCAAACCAAAAGGAGAGGCGAGCAGGGGAAAGGCAAAAGCGCACAAACCGCGAAGGGCAGAAGGAAACGGAAGAGGAGGCACGGAAGGGAGCGAAGGCAGAAAACAAGCGAAAGAGGAGGAACCAACGAAAGAAGAGGAAGGAAACAAAGAGGCAGGAGGCAGACGGAACCAAAGAGGGGCAAGCAGAACGAAAAGCAGAAGGCCAAGAAACGAAAGGAAGGAGGGAAGAAGGGCAAGAGGCAAGGGCCGAGAAAAGAGGGGGGCCAAGAGGACGAAAGGGAGGCAAAAGCACGCGCCAGAACGCCAGGGAAGAAAGGAGGAGGAGGAAGGGCAAAAGGGCAAAGAACCAAAAGAGCAAGAAAGAGCCAGAAGAAGAGGAGCACAGGAGGGAGGAGGAGACGAAAGAGGGAAAAAACAAGGGGAAAACCGCGAACAGGGAGAAACGGGGGCGGAGAAAAGGGGGAAAACGGAAGAAAAGGGAAGGCCGAAAAAAGAGGAAGGGCCAGAAAAGGAGGGGCGGAACGGGAGGAGGGGCACAGAAAGGGAGGGGAAACAGGGCAAGGGACAGAACGGAAGACCAGAACAAGAGGAAGGGCAGCAGAAGGAACGAAGGAGGAAGAGCAAGAAGGAACAGGAGAAGCACGAGGAACAGGAGGAAGGACAAAACGAAAGGAGGGGAAGGCACCGGGGAAGGGGGCAGGGGCGAAAGAGAAAAGAGGGGACGAGGCCAAAGGAGCGGGGAACGGGAACGGGAGCACGAAGGAGCAAGAAGAACCAGAAAAGAGAAGGAAGGGCGAACCGGAAGGAG